AUGGAGCCCUCUCUCUUGCCGCCGAUAACAGCUCUGGAGGAGUGUGUGCACACCGGACGAUGCUUCGUGCAGUCGAAAGAAGUCUCCUUGGAAUGGUACGAAAAGGUCAUUCACCGUAUGGGGAUGGGUAGUAUUCUCGACGAUUCCCAUCUCGUUUUCGACCGCCAGGAAAUGGCUUUUUUGCGGGAAAAAAAGCUGAUCAGUGAACAAGGAACUGCCAAAAAAGCUGCAGGGACCGCUGGGGCUUCAGCUUCAGCAUCGAGCUCCUCUUCUAGCAGAGCAGCGCGACAGGAUGUUGAUGCUAGCGCAGGUGCUACAGUACCUUCACCACCAAAAAGGAGCAAAAAGUCUCCGGGGAAGGAAUUACAUGACGAGAUAGAAGUGCCGGAUCGAGUAACAACUUCUUCCGAACGUUGUACUAUGUCUUUUGUUGAAAUUUCCAGAAAGAACCGAAACAGCGUCUACGCUAUGUUAAAAGAACGAGGCUACAUAGUUCGCUCCGGAUUGAAGUUUGGCGUUGACUUUCUCGUCUACGAGGGGAGUGGUCAGGGAAAAAAUCACGCCAAAUUUGCGGUGUUGGUAGACCAUGGCGGAACCUUUGACGCGAAAGCUCAUGGGGAAAACCACACACAUCACCUAACAACCUGGGGCACGGUGGCGGCAAAGUCGCGGCUGUGUACCAGCGUCGGGAAAAAACUCUGUAUGAUAAACGCCAAAACCGGAAAAGGCUGGGUUUUCAACCGAUGGAAAUACUGAAUCGGACGGGGAAUUAUUGAACACGAAUUGAUGCACAGCGUCGGUCAACAAGGAGUAAGAUCUAUCAUAAUGCGGAAUCGUUCCGAAAGUGGAUUGCGGCAUAAACGAAAAGUAGAACAAGAAAAGUAGAACAAGUGCAUGCUCUGUUAACGCUACAGCGACAACCAGCCACGCGACAGGAAAACCAAAAGAACUAUGGACUUAUAAUUUCGAAGCAGUAUCAAGUCAAU